ACUCACGGAUCGAGGGUUCCGUACAAACUUGUAGGUAUGUAAAUAUUUUAUUCCUGAAAUUAGGGCUUUCGAGCUAAACAAUCAUGUUUGUUGACAAACAGACCGGUACCGUUUUUACUCUUUGGGUACGGAAUCCUAAAAACUUAUCUAUUUUAUUUACCUACUAAUUUAUUUCAAUUUACUACUUUAACAUGUCCCUAGAUAUUUCCCUAAAAUUUUAAACAGUGUGAACCAUAGAUUUGGAUAAAUCUGUGGUCUCUCCCUUUGUAACGCCACUCGAUUUAACGUCAAACUUCAUAUAACAUCGAAAUGGUGGACUGUGGUGUUUGUUUACCCAAUUUACCUUGUUUUUUAAAUAAAUAUAGGUCUACGAGUACCUUACAAUUUGUACCUACUUAGCAUCACGCUCAUGCUAUUCGCUAUUAUAGCUAAAACAAUACCUACGGCAAUCAGCAUUACUCAUUAUAACUACCAACCUACACAAACACCUACUUUUUUGCCGAAAACAAAGAGAGGUGCUGUAGCAGACUUUCGAGUAAACAUGGCGAGUAAACGAAAAUCCUUGUGUGUUGACGAAAAAGUUUUAUUAAUACGCUCAAUAGAGGCGGGAGAAAAGAUAAGUGAUGUUGGAAGACGAUUUGGAUUUAGCCGCUCUACUGUGUCUACAAUAUGGAAAAACAAAGAAAAAAUUCUGCAAGCAGAGGCGGAUGGAAAAUCUGCUAAGAAAUUAAAAAAACCUCAAUACGAAGAUCUGGAUCCACCGAUGCUAGCAUGGUUUUAUAAUCAGCGCCAGAAUAAUGUGCCUGUCUCAGGGCCGAUCAUGAAAGCUAAGGCGGAAGAAAUUGCCAAAGAAUUAGGAUUAACUGCUUUCAAGGCAUCAGAAGGAUGGCUCGGGAGAUUCAAGCAACGUCACCACAUCGACUAUGGUAAAAUUAAUGGAGAAGUGCAAGGUGUUAAUGCGUAUUUGAAGGUAGAGUAUGCUCCGAAUGACCUUUCUACCGCUGGCGAAACUGGAAUAUCCUGUAACUUGGCAACUCACAAAACAUUGAAAUUUAAAGCAGAAAAGUUUGUGGGAGGAAAGCUCUCCAAAGAGCAGGAACAACAAGUGAAUGAAGAAGAUGAAACAGAUGAACCUGACUCUCCACCAAGUAUUAAACAAGCACUUGAUGCAGCGAAAGUAUUAGAAAAAUACUUUUUAUAUAAUCAAAUUGAUCCAGCAGCAUCUCAAGUUAUGAGUAAAAUACGUAAUAAAAUACAAUUGAUGUAUUGGAGCAACAAAAACCAUCAGACGAAGUUAACAGACUAAGGCAAAACGUGUUGUUAUUUG